AUGGCUGUAAAUUCUUACACAACGUUUUCCUGGAGCAUUUUUGAUUACGAAACAGAAUCGACUUGUUCUCCCGCCGAUGAAUAUUAUCUUGAUCAACUAUUCUUUGGAGUUGAAUCGCAUGAUUUAUCGGCUAUCAAGUUUUUUUCCAAUGAACAUUUACGACAUCUAUGUCGUAUUCGUCGAUUUUUCGAUUCAGAAUGGGCAGCACCGGCGAAAGAACAACAAACUGCCUAUCAACGUGCUUGUUUACUUGGCUACACAGACAUUGUACAAUAUAUGUUGGAAGCAGGCGUUCGAGUUGAUCAAUUAUUCUCAUCUGCUAAUACUUUGAAUGUUGAAAGAGAUGCAUUUAUGUUUGCUUGCCAUUCGGGUUCAUUGGCCACCGUUCACUUGCUGUUGCAAGCCCUAUCACAUGAUUAUAUUGAACAUUACAAAUCGAGAAACAGACGUGCUCUAUGCUCCACUUCUUUUGCAAGACAACACUUAAUUCCAGCCAGAAGUGAAAUUGAAGCACCAUUUUCUGAUGAAAAUGGUCUCGAAGCUGUCUUUCCUAUUCAUUUUGCUAUUGCUCGAAAUGAUUUGCAGUUGACACGUCAACUCGUUACAGGAGCGAAUGGAGAACUAGAAACAAUCAACGAUUGGGAACCUCUUCGACAUGGAGGCUUUACUCCUUUGCAAAUUGCUUGUUUGUUCAGUCGGUCUCUAGAUAUGAUCAAAUUAUUACUUUUUUUCAGUAGAGUCACUGUUAAUCCUAUACUUCUAACCAGCAACCAAGGGACAUUUGCUGAUCAAAUGACAACGGUUCGAGAAGUGAUUGAAUAUAUUCGACCAGAACGUGUGACUAUUUUGAAUGCACAAGAACAGGAACGUUUGAAGGACUUGGAGGAAAUGCAGUCAGGAAAACCUUAUCAAAUUACAAUUAAACCACUCUCUGGUCAGACACUCACACUCACUGUCAAUGGGAAUACAACGGCCGAGGAACUCGGAGCACAGAUUGAAAGCCAAUGGAAUCUUCCGUCGGAUAGACAAAAACUACUUUUCUCUGGUCGAUCGGUACACACCGCGGCUUAUUCGGGUUUUGAUACAUCAUUAACUCUUACUCACUACAACAUCAAGAAGGAUUCAAUUCUAAAUAUUAUAUGGCGUAAUCCGAAAUAA